AUGCACAUGGCGGCUCGUCCCUGCACUCCUCCGCGUGAAGGCUCCUCCCCCGAAGGGACUCCUUUUAUUUGUUACAACCGUCUCUCAGAAUACAUGGCUGAACGGAGUCGUUCGCCCUCGUCACCACCCGCACGCCGACGUGAAAGUCGCAGGAACACAGUUGAUGCUCUUCCAGAGCCGCGGCCAAGUCAGUUGUCGACGCCAAAGGCUUCUCGGCUGGACGUUAGUUACCCACCAGCGGUGUUUUGUACGCCCCAGUUGAUGCGUGAGGAAUUGCAGCUUCGUGCCAGCUUAGAUUCUGAGUUGACACUGCUUAGGUUAGACUCGUCCUGGCGUCAGGAACCAUCGGUGACGCCUCUCGUUGACGGCCUCUACGUGGGUGGUUUUCCAGAUUCAGAAACGCUGGAAUUUUUGCGGAGUGAGAGGGUGAAUACAAUUAUCAAUUGCUGUGCGGGGGAGUAUGACACACUUGAUAGCGUGCGGGCGGAAUUUACUGUUCACCACCUAUACGCGGAGGAUCAGAGCGACUAUUUGAUUUUGUUCCACUGUUACGAUCAAUUUGCAAGCAUCGUCAGCGAGGCUAGGAAAGCGGACCGUCGCGUUUUUGUGCAUUGCAUAGCAGGCAUCAAUAGAAGUGUGACACUCUGCAUUGCGUACCUGAUGCAAUACCACAAUAUGGAUCCCAUCAGCUGCGUCCGGCUCUUUUUGUCCCAGGGUAGAACAAAUAUCUUGCGAAACGUGGCCUUUCGUCACCAGAUCGUGGAUUUUUACAUUCACACUUUGUCGACGUAA